UGCCUCGGCCGCCGCCGCCGAUGCGGGGCCGCGAACAAAGAGGAGGAGCCCAGGCGCGAGAGCAAGGUCUGCAAUGGAUGUUACAUGAAUCACUUUAAGGGAUGCACACAGCUAUGAACAUUUCUGAAGCUUUUCCUCAGUAAACUAGAUAAAGAUGGAUGAAUCUGCCUUGUUGGAUCUUCUGGAGUGUCCUGUGUGUCUAGAGCGGCUCGAUGCUUCUGCAAAGGUCUUGCCUUGCCAGCAUACAUUUUGCAAACGAUGUUUGCUGGGAAUCGUAGGUUCCCGAAAUGAACUCAGAUGUCCCGAGUGCAGGACUCUCGUUGGCUCGGGCGUUGAGGAGCUUCCAAGUAACAUCCUGCUGGUCAGACUUCUGGAUGGCAUCAAGCAGAGGCCUUGGAAACCUGGACCUGGUGGGGGCGGUGGCAUGAACUGCACAAGUGCUUUAAGGUCUCAGAGCAGCGCUGUGGCUAAUUGUAGCUCAAAAGAUCUGCAGAGCUCACAGGGUGGACAGCAGCCACGGGUGCAAGCCUGGAGCCCCCCGGUGAGGGGUAUACCUCAGUUACCAUGUGCCAAAGCGUUAUACAACUACGAAGGCAAGGAGCCUGGAGACCUUAAGUUUAGCAAAGGGGACAUCAUCAUUUUACGGCGACAAGUGGAUGAAAAUUGGUACCACGGUGAAGUCAACGGCAUACAUGGCUUUUUCCCCACCAAUUUUGUGCAGAUUAUCAAACCUUUACCUCAGCCUCCACCUCAGUGCAAAGCACUUUAUGACUUUGAAGUGAAAGACAAGGAAGCAGACAAAGAUUGCCUUCCAUUUGCAAAGGAUGAUGUUCUGACUGUGAUUCGCAGAGUGGAUGAAAACUGGGCUGAAGGCAUGCUGGCCGACAAAAUAGGAAUAUUUCCAAUUUCAUAUGUUGAGUUUAACUCAGCUGCCAAGCAGCUGAUCGAGUGGGAUAAGCCUCCUGCGCCAGGAGUCGAUGCUGGAGAAUGCACGUCGGCGGCAGCCCAGAGCAGCACUGCCCCAAAGCACUCGGACACCAAGAAGAACACCAAAAAGCGACACUCUUUCACAUCCCUUACCAUGGCCAGCAAGUCCUCCCAGGCCUCCCAGCACCGCCACUCCAUGGAGAUCAGCCCUCCUGUGCUCAUCAGCUCCAGCAACCCCACAGCCGCUGCUCGCAUCAGUGAGCUCUCUGGCCUUUCCUGCAGUGCCCCUUCUCAGGUUCAUAUAAGUACCACCGGGUUAAUCGUGACCCCACCCCCAAGCAGCCCAGUGACAACUGGUCCCUCCUUUACCUUCCCAUCAGAUGUCCCCUACUCAGCUGCCCUUGGAGCAAUGAAUCCUCCUCUUCCUCCGCCUCCUCUCCUGGCCUCCACACCGCCAGGUGCUGCUGCUGCUGCUGCUGCUGCUGCUGCUGCUGCUGCUGCUGCUACUGGAAUGGGACCCAGGCCCACAGCAGGACCCUCUGAACAGAUUGCACAUUUACGGCCUCAGACUCGCCCCAGUGUAUAUGUUGCUAUCUAUCCGUACACUCCCCGGAAAGAAGAUGAGCUAGAACUGAGAAAGGGGGAGAUGUUUUUAGUGUUUGAGCGUUGCCAGGAUGGCUGGUUCAAGGGGACAUCAAUGCAUACCAGCAAGAUCGGGGUUUUUCCUGGCAAUUACGUGGCCCCAGUCACAAGAGCGGUGACAAAUGCUUCUCAAACUAAAGUCCCUAUGUCUACUGCUGGCCAGACUGGGCGAGGGGUGACCAUGGUCACUUCUUCCACGGCUGGAGGGCCUGCUCAGAAGCUCCAGGGAAACGGUAUGGCUGGGAAUCCCAGUGUGGUCCCCACGGCCGUGGUGUCAGCAGCUCACAUCCAGACCAGUCCCCAGGCUAAGGUCUUGUUGCACAUGAGUGGGCAGAUGACAGUCAACCAGGCCCGCAAUGCUGUGAGGACAGUGGCGGCACACAACCAGGAACGCCCCACGGCCGCAGUGACGCCCAUUCAAGUACAAAACUCUGCCGCUCUGGGCCCCACCUCAGUGGGUCUGCCCCAUCACGCCUUGGCCUCCUCACAACCGCCGCCACCAAUGGCAGGCCCUGUCGCCCACGUUGCUGCUGUCAACCUUAGCCGAGCCGGUGCCCCCCUGGCCUGUGCCGCAGCUGCUUCGCUUACCUCCCCGAGCAUCCCCACUGCCUCGCUGGAGACCGAGCCCAGUGGCCGGGCAGUGACCACCGUCCCUGGAGCGCUCACCUCUCCUGACAGUGCUUUGUCAGCUUGUGGGAACAAUUCAGCAGCCAAGCCAGACAAGGAUAAUAAAAAAGAAAAAAAGGGUUUGUUGAAGUUGCUGUCUGGUGCCUCCACGAAACGCAAGCCCCGAGUAUCUCCUCCAGCCUCCCCCACCCUGGAAGUGGAGCUGGGUGGUGGCGAGUUGCCCCUACAGGGCGCCAUGGGUCCUGAGCUGCCAUUGGGGGGUGCCCACGGCAGGGCCGGCUCCUGCUCUGCGGAUGGCGAGGGCCCGGCCGCAGGGGGAGCACCUCUGACCCAGGAUGCUCUUCAUCGGAAGACCAGCUCCCUGGACUCUGCCGCACCCAUUGCUCCCCCUCCCCGGCAGCCGUGCUCCUCCCUGGGCCCAGUCAUGAAUGAAUCUAGGCCGGUAGUGUGUGAAAGGCACAGGGUAGUGGUUUCCUACCCUCCUCAGAGUGAGGCAGAACUUGAACUUAAGGAAGGAGAUAUUGUGUUUGUUCAUAAAAAACGAGAGGAUGGCUGGUUCAAAGGCACGUUGCAACGAAAUGGGAAAACCGGCCUUUUCCCUGGAAGCUUUGUGGAAAACCUCUGAGGAGAACAAGGACAAGAAGGCUUAAAAAUCAUAUCACACAAUGAAAGAGCACAAAGCAGUGUAAUGGCAAGAGCACAUUUGUGGAAUUCCAGAUGGUCAGGAGAAGAGCAAAGGAUUGGUGUGACUCCAGAGCCCCGGUUACAGCGCUCCCUGCGAACAGUGUCGAGAAGGCUUGGGUUUGGGAUGUGUCUGGAUUCUGAUGUGUGAGGUGUGCCUUGUGCUGUCUGAUCUACACUACAGAGAAAGCUUUUCUUUUUUUAAAGAUAUAUAAUGAAAAUAGACAAUUGUUUACAAGGCUUAACUAAUUUAUUUGCUUUUUAAACUUGAAUUUUUCUUGUAAUAGAUAAAUUCUUUGGAUUAUGAGUUAAGAAAUUAUUAAUUUAUGAAAUGAUAGCUAAGGAGAAGCUGGAUUAUCUCCUGUUGAGAGCAAGAGAGUCUUUUGACCUAGAAUGAACUCCCCUUACCCCGCUGGUGUUAUUUUUCACUUCUUUAAAAAAGGAAAUGCCAGUUCUCCAACUUGGUUUUCCUUUCUUGGGAUACCAAAACAUUACGCGUCUGAAUGAGUAUCAGUAAGGGCCAGGGGUAGGGAGAUAGAAACCCGAGAGAAGUGAAAUGAUCCCGUCUUUCUGGUUCUGUCAGGAAUCACCCUUAAGGCCAAGUCCUCAAUUUAAUUUUGUGGGUUUUUAAUUUUCCUAGAAUGAAAGCAAUGAGGUGAUAAGAAUAAAGCACAACCCUUGAACAAAAAUGUACUCAGAAAUAGAUUUAGUUUUAUAACAGAAACAGCUCAAAUCAUUGAUUGGAAAUUGGGGAAAUUGACGCUGUACUCGCUGUCUGCGAAUGGCUCUGAGAUGUACUCGCCCAUUUCACCCCAAGUGAUCUGCAUGCCCGGGACACAGUUCAAACGUUUGUGAGAUCGUGGUGGUAAGUGAUGCACUUGUGCUGAAGUUAAAGGCUGUAAGAGACACUGUGAAAAGUUUACAUUCAUCCAUUGUGAUUCUUUUCCCACCGUCUUGCAUGUGUUACUGGAUUCCCACAGUAAUGUAGACCGUGCAUGGUGUGUAUAUUUCAUUGCAGUUUCCUCUUGAGGUUAGUUUGCCCUCAGAAUUGACCAAUACAGGAGGUGUAAAAUAAACAACAUUCUUUUCUCUACUCCAAAGCCACUACUGACUAAGGUUCCUAAGUAUACUAACUCCCUCCCUGGCUAAGGCAUCCUUUAGCCAUGCUCACGUCUUAGUGGAACUGCUUCUUUAUUCUCCCAGCUGACAAAUGUGAAGGAUAAGCCCGGAGACCACUCCGGGGACCCUUCUCUUGAGCUCUGGGAGGCUUGGCGAGAGCAAAUGUUGCCCACACCUUACAAUUGUGGCAGGAUCCAGCUGAGCGGGUCUUUUUAUAGCUGCCCUUUGAUGUCAUUGGCCUCUUGUGCCCAUUUCAUUCCGGUGCCACGCCACCGUGGGGCUGAGUAGUCCUAAAACAAAAGGAAGGAAAGCAGCCUGGGAGUGAAUGAGAUCGUUGCCACAGUUUUCUCAUUAAAAAACAAAAAAAUAAAACAAAAAAAAAAUUUCUUUUUUGCUUUUAAGAAUUACAACUGGGAAACAGAAAUAUGAACUGAAAAAUCUUGCACUAGCAAGAGAUUUCACGGUCUUAAAAAGAUACAUUGAUGUGGUGGAAAUGAAAUCAUUCCUAAAUUGACCAUUCUUUUCUUUUUUUUUUAUAAAACACUGUACAUUAUGUUCCUGUGUGUUGAAUUUUUAAAAAAAAUACUUGGAUAUUCAUGUAAUAUAUAAAAGUUUGGUGAGAUGAACUUUAGUUAGGAAAAAAGCUGACAUCAGCUUUCAUCUGUGUAAGUUGACACCAAUGUGUCAUAAUAUUCUUUAUUUUGGGAAAUUAGUGUAUUUUAUAAAAAUUUUAAAGUAAAAAGACUACUACAGGUUAAGAUAAUUUUUUACCUGUCUUUUCUCCAUAUUUUAAGCUAUGUGAUUGGAGUACUUCUGUUAAUAGUUUUCUGGUAUGAAGUUGGUUAAAAUUUCAUCUGUUAAUAGAUCACUUAGAUAAUAUGUAUGGGUUUUCUAUUGGUUUUUUGGAGAUAGUAGGUGGAGAUUUUGUAACAAGGGCUUGUUACACAGCAACAUGGUGAUGAUAAAAUUGCAAUUUAUCAUUCCUUUUCAUGUUAAUAAUUUGAAGACUGGAGAAAAGGUUCAAGAUUAAAAUUUGAUGUUCAAUCUUCAUGCGUCCCUUGUGUCAAUCCUUAAAAUUUAUCUUUUUUCCACUUUUUUUUUAACCCGAGACACGUUGAUUUGACUCCUACUUUAUAACAAUUAUUUGCCUAUAUCUCCAACAGAUUAUGUUGACAGUAAACAAUUUGUUGGUUAUUUUUACUCUUUAACAAAACCUUAUCUGUUUCCAAAUAGUCACCCCCAAAAGAGAAAAACCAGAAUGUGAUGUUACUGUACUAUACCCAGCUUCCUGUUAGGAGACACCAAGUUAUAAAUUAAGGAUCACAGAAUUUGAGUGUGUCAGAAGCCUUUCCAAGAUGUCGGAAAGCACCUUAACUUUGAGCAGUAGAGAUGACUUCCCUAAUUUUAAAUAUUUUCUUCCUCCUUGGCCUCCCCCCAAAAAUAGUGGAAGUAAGAGGAGAUUCAGGAAGAAAACUGAGGAUUCUGAUAAGGCCUCUGGUGUGGCUGAGUAGACCACUGCCUUCGUCAAAUGUCAGCUCUUGCCUCUUCUAAGUGUCUUGAUUUUAUCAUGCAGCAUGGUCUCGAGUGCACUGAGGGUCACUUGGACAAACACAUGACCCCGACGCUAUUAAGAGGAUGAUCAGAUGAUCUGCCUACUGGACAUUUUCUCAGCAAUUGAGGUGGGGAUUUAUGGAGGGAAAAAAGGAAUUCUAGCCCUCUAAUUAAACAUGGAAUGACACCUCUGGAACAAAGGCCAUGCUUCUUCUUUUCCAACCCCUGGAGCAAGGUCAGGUCAAGUGAAGGCCAGCACCUUAUCUUUCCAAUCACAUCUAGUUCAUUUCUUUUGCCAGCGAAAAUUGAAAGCGUAAUGGAAUUACCUUCUCCCUUUUUUUAAGCUCUCAAGGUGCUACAAGACAUAAAGCAAAAACGUCCUUCUAAGUAAAACCAAUUUCCUUAUAAAUUAUAUCACAAAAGCACAUUCAAUAAACUCCCUAAAGGCAGAAACAAAGUGAAGACGGAUGCCUCACCGCCAGCUCACUCUCAUUCUAGCUAAUUCAACCUUCGCCUACAGUCGUUAUUUGUGACUUUUCCUUUCUCGCUAUGGUUUAAUAAAUUCUGUUAAGAACUGAUUAUGAUUGAGAAUCUUGAUUUGGGGCAGAGGGAGGAUUCUGUAUGUCAGUCCUUUUUAAUGUUUUAGAAAGUGCCAACUGACAGCACCCCCAAAUCUGUGGGUCUUUUUGUGAAACAAUUGCUGCCUUGCAGCCACUCUG